AUGGUUUCGAGCUUUGACAACUUGCUUCAAGGCCUACCUACAGCAACGGUCUGUGUUAGACUACCUACGAUUUUGGAAAACGCCAAGACCUGCAUCGCUUCCCUUCAGCUCUUCACCACUAAAAACAUCAAUUCAACCCUUGUCGCCUUUAGCCAACUUCAAUCUGCCAAUUACACUACACCAUUCGGCGCUUCGAGACGAUUACACUGA